AUGAGCGAUGACUAUGUGAUUGUGAAGUACGACUACAUUGCACAAGAAGACCAGGAAUUGACGAUAAGGAAAAAUGAGAGGCUCAAACUUCUUGACGACAGCAAGAAUUGGUGGAAGGUUGUCAAUGAUUCCAACAACGUGGGAUUUGUGCCAUCAAACUACGUCCGUCGCGAAUCUAUAGUUGAUAAGGCAAAAGGGACCAUCAAAGGCUUCGCAAAAGGUCGAACACGUUCCACCGACAUUGAUCAGGAAGAGCGCACAAAUUUUGGCGAUCGUUUGGCCUUCAGUUCCAACAACAAUUGCUCAUUGACCCCAUCUUCAAAUAAGAUUCCAAUUAUGUCGGCACGGACGAAAGCAGUCGCAAAGUUUGCUUAUCAGCCACAACUUGAAGAUGAGCUGGUACUUCAGAAAGGCGAGCAAGUCACUGUUCUUGAAAAAAGUACCGAUGGAUGGUGGAAAGGAGAGGCUUCCAAUGGCACAACUGGUUGGUUCCCAUCAAACUACGUUGAAGAAAUCGAGUCAUCCAAUGGUAAUCAAUCGACUAUUGAAAAUCAGCAUCCUUCAAUGUCUAUGGCGGCUCCCGUACAAAAUACCGCUCCUACCACUGUUUUGGAAACUGUUGUAGCGCUAUAUUCUUUCGAUGCUUCCGCUUCAGAAGAACUUUCUUUUAACAAAGGUGAAAAACUCGACAUCAUUGAGCACCCGCCACAUGAUCCGGAAUGGUGGAUGGCGCGCAAUGCGAUGGGCCAAGUCGGAUUAGUGCCUUGCAAUUAUAUCGAAGUGAUCAAGAACGGCUUUGCUGCCGCCCCGCCCACCAACGUUGGCUACGAGGCGGAAUAUUCGGGAAGCGGUCAGUUGCCGAUGCAUCAGGAGCCAUGGUAUUUUGGCAAGAUCUCACGUGAUCGCGCCGAAGUGCUUCUUAAAGUUGGCCGCGAGGGCGAGUUUCUCGUUCGUGACAGCGAGAGUAACCCGGGUGAUUUAUCGAUCUCAAUGCGUGGUGUGGUUCGAAACAAACAUUUCAAGGUGCAGGCAAUCGAUGGCAAACUCAAAAUUGGAAACAAGACCUUCUCCAAUAUGAAUUCGUUGAUUAGCCACUACAAGGCGAACCCGAUCUUCUCAUCUGAUGAGGAGAAGCUCUACCUAACCAAUCCCUUGCCCAAGUAA